AUGUCAGACCUAGAGAAGUCACCGAUCUCAGUCCCCGAGCCCGUGGUCGUGAGAGUAUCAACUCAUAACGAUGGGUGUACCUCGCCCACAUCCAGUGAGUUUACCCUCGCGGACAGCGGCGACGAACGUGUCACCGAAAAGAUCAUCUCUCAGGAGAUGGGCUCUUUGGAGACACCCACAAAUGAAACCGUGGAUGUCGAGGCUCAGACGCAGAAUUUGAAGCCCAAGCGGUUUGCAUUCAUGCGGUACGGCAUUUUGACUCUGUACCGUCGUCUUUUCACUCUCGUCUUUUGCAGCAACGUGGGCCUUUUCAUCUGGAUCAUGAUUUCCAGGCACAAGCUGCUCGCUCUGGUCAAUGCCACUGCGGCCAACCUGUUGGCAUGUGGCUUGGCUCGACAGCCACUGGUUGUCAACAGCAUCUUCCGCAUUGUACUUGCCAUCCCCCGAUCCGCACCAUUUGCGUUACGGCACAUGGCAUGCAAGGUAUACCACUAUGGUGGCGUACAUAGCGGCUGCGGCAUCGCAGCUCUCAUCUGGUACAUGGGCUUCAUUGGAGUCAUGUCCCAUCAAUAUUGGUUGCCUUCUUCUGCUGGCGCGGUGGUCGGUGCUGCUGGCUUUUCUGCAGCUCCCGUGGCGCUAGCAUACUUAAUUCUUCUCCUUCUGCUGUCCAUCAUCAUCGUGGCGCACCCCACGUUCCGAAUGAAACUCCACGACUACUUUGAGCUCAUCCACCGAUUCUCCGGUUGGCUUGUGGUCAUGCUGUUCAUGGCACUGCUCUUGGUCUUCUCUCACGAGGUCAGCCAGGCACAGGGACAGACGUUGGGCCGGUUUCUCAUCGAGUUACCUGCAUUCUGGUUCUUGCUUGCUACCGUCGCGGCCAUAGUGCAGCCGUGGGCGAUGUUGCGCAAAGUUCCCGUUCGUGCAGAGGUCCUGUCAUCUCAUGCAGUGCGACUGCACUUUGACCACGCCAUCACCACAUUUGGCAAGGGCACUCAAUUAGCCAAGCACCCUUUGCGGGAUUGGCAUGGCUUCGCCACGUUUCCCGACCUCAGCCCAGCGGGCCCCCGUGGUAAAGCCAGCUUUUCUUGCUUGGUGUCCAAGGCGGGUGACUGGACUGCGGACACGAUCCGAAACCCACCCACCCAUCUUUGGAAGCGUGGUGUGCUUCUGUAUGGGUUUGCAUACUCGAUGCGAGUAUUCAAGAAAGUGAUUGUCGUGACCACGGGCUCGGGGAUUGGUCCGUGUUUGUCAUUCCUUGGCGACGACAAUCGCCCAGAGCUGCGAGUGCUCUGGCAGACGAGAGCACCUCUCAAGACCUAUGGGCAAGAGGUCAUGGAUCUUGUUCAUCGCAUGGAUCAGUGUCCGAUCAUCAUGGACACGGAUCGACUAGGACGCAUCGACAUGGUCCCUAUCAUCCGGCGACAAAUCCGCGAGUUUGGGGCUGAAGCGGUGUGUGUGAUCAGUAACCCUGGGUUGACUCGACAGAUUGUGUAUGAGUUGGAAUCCUGCGGUGUACCUGCAUUUGGUCCCAUCUUUGAUUCAUGA